UGCUAGUGUCUUUCAAUGUCUUGUCAUAACUCAUAACAUAACAGACGUUUGACAUAUUCUCUAUAUGAGAAUAUUCUUUUUGGUUAUAUGCAAAAACUCAAUAUAAUUCUAAAAAGCAUUAUUUGCAUAAAUAUUAUAAAAUGUUGAUUUGUUAAAGGCAACUCUAAUUCAGUUAUCAUUAAAAUGAGCCGGCACGAAGGUUUUCUCAUUACAGGGGUCAGCUGUGAUUCUUGUUUAAAGAACAAUUUUCGAGGGCGCAGAUAUAAAUGUUUAGUGUGCUAUGAUUAUGACUUGUGUGCUGUAUGCUACGAGUCGGGGGCAACCAACACUCGUCAUACAACAGAUCAUCCAAUGCAAUGCAUUUUAACCAGAUCUGAUUUUGACGUGUAUUAUGGAGGUGAAGCUAUAAGCACUGUAGAGAUGCCCCAGUCCUAUACCUGCCCUUACUGCUCUCGUAUGGGGUUCACGGAUAUAACAUUGCAGGAACACGUUACUGCUGAUCACCAAGACACCAGCUUUGAGGUGGUUUGUCCUUUAUGUGCUGCAAUGCCCGGCGGCGAUCCCAAUUUGAUGACUGACGAUUUCGCUGGACAUUUGACUCUGGAGCAUCGUUCAGGACCCCGGGAUCUAAUUUCCUUCUUAGACGAGCCAGUAGCUGCUCGCCACAAUGUUAGGCGUAUGCCACAUACUUCUUCUCACUCUGGAACUGGAAGAGGAGCCUCUUCACUGAGGCCACGGCGCUCCAACAUGCACUUCAGUGUUUUUAGUUCAAGCGGAUUGGCGUCUUUGAGUCCUUCUUCUCGAGAGACUGUCGAUCCCAUAGCUGAGCUUCUAUCGCAACUAUCUGGCGUGAGACGUUCUACUAGUAGCACAACCAGUAGCACUCCGACUCAGCUUCAGCAGCUUCAGAUGCAGUUGCAACUUGAAAGACAACAGGUGAAUGCCGCUAGGCAAAAUCUGGAGCGUUUUCCCAGACGUCCAACUCAAAAUCAAACUCUACGGGAGGCCCACACCUCGAACUUUGGGACAUCUACGAUUUUGCUCAACGCAUCGCCAGUUAUGCUUCAACCUUCCAAUAAUACCACGCCUGCACCCGCUCAGGGACAUAGUCAUCAGUUUUUGCUUACGAGUUUACUAGAGGAACCAUCAAUAAGUUCGACCGUGAGUGAAGAGCGUCAAGAACGAUGUGCCUUUGUCCAGGAAUUGGUACUAUCCACUAUGGCUUGUCUUCCAGGACAAGAAACUUGCCAAGAGACAUUCAAUAGAUUAAUCAGAUCCAGUCGGGCUGCUGAGCGUGAAGCCUCGGUGGAAGAAGAAGUUAGACCUCAACGUCCGGGCGGCACUGUGUUACGUGGUAGAGCUAGACAAGACAACCAAAACUGCAAGCGAAGAGCAGAAGCGAAUCGCAAAGACGAAAACAAGGAUGGCGAUUUUGAAGGAAAUAGAUAGUUUAUUUACCUACGCUUUGAAGUUCUUGUGAUAGUUUUGAUUUUUAACCAGUGAAGCAACGUUUUGCUUCUGUUAAACUGUUUUUUCCAAGUAUCUAAUGUUAAUGGCAAUUCAUUUUUCUUUACGUUUAUUCAUAAGUGUUGUGCUUUAGAUUUCACAUAGCUUGUGCACUUGGUAUAUCUGCGCAUUUUUGUAUUCAGAUGAAUAUGAAACUAAUAUGUUGUCAGGAUUUGAAUAUUCCUUUACGGGACAUGUAAUACUAAGUUUGUUUUUCAUGGUCACUGUCAAAUAAAAGACUAUUAAUUAAACAUUUAAAUUAUUAUUUGUAAUAAAACGUGUGUUGUAUCAAAAACUCA